AGCAGCUUUGCCAUUUUUAGGUACGGAGGCUGAGCCAGUCAGCACUGCCACCGUGUUUUUUAGCAGAAACUGGACAUUUCCCUGCCGUUUGCGAUGAACAAUGGCUGAUUUCUGCAGGACGCUCUGGUUGCUCCAGGCGAACCUCUGGCUGAUGGCUCUGGUCACAGGUGGGAUCUCGGCCAACAUGACCAUUGCUGGGAACAGCACGGGUAACAGCACAGGUGGCGAAUGUCCCAUGGUCCAUCAGCAUCUACGCUACGUGGUGGCCAAGAAGAACAUGCCCGUCCACUUCAUCUGCUACACCCAGGAGCCCCAGAGCAUGCAGUGGUACAAAACGGUGAAGGACAGUGAUGAAAUCCUUGAACUGGACCACAACACCUCCCACUACCAUGUCGAGAGGAAACCCAGCUUCAUCAACUUCACCAUCUUCAGGAUCAGCUACAAGGACAACGGCAUCUACGUGUGCGACAGCAAGAACCUCACGGUGGAGAAGCAGCAGCCACACGGGUGCGGGACAGAGCUGAGAGUUGUGGGUUACAGCAACAUCCAGCAGAUCCAGAACAGGAACACCCUGAAAGACGCCAUCAUCAUCAUCCAGUCCAUCCUCCUGGUCAUCUUCAUCAGUGUCCCCGUGCUCAUCUUCCUAGAUAAAGGUGACGGCAAGGAAAGGCCGGAGGAGGAGCACACCUAUGAGGGCCUGGCGGUGGAGCAGAUGGCCACCUACGAAGACAUCACUCCUUUCCGGGACGUGAAGGCCAAGUGGACAGUCGGGGAGCACCCGGGCGAGGAGUGAGGGGGUCCUGCGCCUACCACCCUGCCAGCACCCUGCCCUGGACCACAGCUCUGAUGGACACCUGGAUCCUGGGCUGCAAACCACCUCCAGCCGCAUCGCACAGAGCUCAGGUCCUGCUGCCCUUGGGUGCUCGCUUUGCCGUGUCCAGGCUGUGCCCACCACAGCUCCUGCUGACGAACCCCUAAAGCCUAUGUAGAAAUUAGGAGCCACCUACAGACCCCCCCCAAUAGCAAACUGCCCCCAAAGCCCAGCCCUACAUCACGGCACUGAGCUCCCGCAUGGUUAAUGCCAUGGAAGUACCAGAGUGGGUGGUGGGGCUCCACCAGCCCCUCCAUCCCUGGGACGGAGAGGACCAGGCUUGGGCAGUGUCCACACUGCAGGGACCCUCCUGAGCUGUGAGACCCCCCUGCAGCCCUGGCAGAGGAGCCAAGGUGAGCAGCACCAUGGGGGUGUUAUGAGAAGAAGACGUGGGGUCACUGCCCAGCUCUAAAGCCAUGGAUGUGUCUAUGCCCAACUGGCUGUUGUCUGAGAUGAAGGAACCUCCAAAAUCCUUUCUUUCUCCCCAAAGACUACAGAAAAUCUGGGGAGACAGCUCUUACCCAGAAGGUCUUUCUCAAAUCUUGCUCUUCUCCAGACAAGAGUUUUCCCAUGUCACCAGGACAUCCCCGUGGUAAAGGACACAUGCAAUCUCAGAACCUACGGGAAAGAUGUAAAUUGUGGGACACAAACAUCCAACUUCUUUUUGAAGUCCUAAUAAAGGUCAUGGGUAAAUUCACCUCCUGCUCCAUCCUACCGCACCUGGUCCAAGGGUCUCCAACAACCCUGAUGCCAGAGAUGGUGGGAUGCCCUGGGAAUAAGGAGCAGCUUUUCCUGGGUCUAGCUUAGCUAGAACCCAAACUUCACCUCAUCAGGGCCCCAAAAGCAGGCAGGGAUGUAAAGAUAUAAGGGAUAUAAAGCCAAGAGCAGCUUUGGGGCUCUCCUGGAAGCUCUCACUCAACACGUGCGGGGGGAUGGACCUCCACGGUCCCGAGACGUCAGCUUGGGAUGAGAGACAAAGCCCAUGGAACCGAAGCAGGAGAACAGGGCCCUGUGCCAGCAGCUCCGCUCCCAGUUACAUCUGGUCUUGUGAGAGAAACUAAGAAACAUCUGGAGAGGAACAGGGCGGCGCUAAUUGGUUUUGUUAAUAAAAACUAUCUUGGCGUGGUGGCAGCAGCUGGGUGGGUGAUGGGCCUCGGGGGGGUCUGGAGAGGCGGGUUUGUCCCCUACAAAAGCUCCUGCACCCCUAUGGCUUGUGACAUUUUAAUCCCCGAGGAGAGGAAAACACGACCGCUCCGUUCCCGAAACUGCCGGCAGAAAAGGGAGGGUAAAAUCAUGAGGAAACGGGCAUUUUCAAGCAGGGAUAGCUCUUGUUUACCACUAAGCCACCCUUCAUGGAAAACUGGGAUUGAUUCUAAAUAGCAUAAAAUGGAAUUCAAUCUAAACAGCACAAAACCCAGCAUUUUAAGGUUGAUGUUUUACUAGUUAAAUAAAUAUAUCACAAGUUAGUUGCAUGCAUAUGUAUAUAAAUGUUACCUAAACAUGUUUUGUUUAUUACAUUGAUUGAUUAAAGGGGUAUUCACAGUGAGAGAA